CGGUAACAUUUUUUGUCUUUUCUCCAACGGUAACAUUUUUCGUCUGUUCUCAAACGGUAACAUUUUUUGUCUUCUCUCAAACGGUAACAUUUUUCGUCCUAUGUAUAACGGUAACUUUUUUCUCUAUAAAUACGCAUAUUGCUAACAUUCACUCUCACAAACUCUUCUUUAUUUUGAUCUAUAGAACCGAAUUUCAAUAGUCUUCCCUGAUCUCCCACUUCUUUCAUCAAAUGGCUCGUACUUUCUUUCGUAAAUUGUUGACAUACGUAUCAUCUGAAGAUGAUAGCAAUGUUGUUUUUAAUGAGGAGGCUGAUGGACAGUCAUCGAGGCAUCGUAACAAUCGCCAACGUCGUAAGUUUAUUCGGCGUGAUCAUAUUGAGGGGCACGAGCGGCUAUUUCGCGAUUAUUUUGCAGAAAAUCCAGUAUAUCCCUCGAAUCUAUUUCGAAGGAGAUUUCGGAUGAGCCGUCCCCUAUUUCUUCGUAUUCUAAAUGAGGUAGAGUCUUACGAGCCGUACUUCGUCCAGAGAAGAGAUUCCGCCGGAAGACUCGGUUUAUCUUCUAUGCAAAAGAUAACUGCAGCACUUAGAAUGAUGGCGUAUGGGGUGACUGGAGAUUUUAUGGAUGAAUACAUACGUAUUGGUGAAAGCACCGCAAUGGAGAGCCUGAAAAAAUUCUCUGAGACAAUAGUAAGUGUUUUUUCAGAUGAAUAUCUACGGUCUCCAAAUGCCAAUGAUAUUACCCGAUUGCUUGCUGUAGCUGAACAACGAGGAUUCCCAGGAAUGCUGGGCAGCAUUGACUGCAUGCAUUGGAAGUGGAAAAAUUGUCCUGCAGCCUGGAAAGGUAUGUAUUCUGGCCACAUCCGUGAACCCACUAUUAUUUUAGAAGCAGUUGCUUCAUAUGAUCUCUGGAUAUGGCAUGCAUUUUUUGGUAUGCCCGGUUCACAUAACGACAUUAAUGUUCUAGAGAGAUCUUUUAUUUUCACGGAGCUUGCCCAAGGGCGUGCUCCUCCAGUCAAUUACACAAUCAAUGGCAAUGACUACACCAUGGGGUAUUACCUUGCUGACGGUAUUUAUCCCAAGUGGCGAACUUUUGUGAAGACGAUUCCAUCACCAAGAGGGAAUAAGAAGAAAAAUUUCGUGAAAGCACAAGAAUCUGCAAGGAAAGAUGUCGAGCGUGCAUUCGGGGUUCUUCAACAACGAUUUGCUAUCAUUAGGGGACCUUCCCGAAUGUUCAAAGUGAAGGAUCUAACAAAUAUAAUGAAAGCAUGUGUUAUUCUACAUAAUAUGAUCAUUGAGGACGAGCGUGAUGAUAAUGAGAGUUUGAACAUUGAGUAUGAUCAACUUGAUGAUGAUCUCCCGGAAUUGUCGCGUACUCAUACUACUGAGCUUGGGGACUUCAUCCAGCGUCAUCAUCAAAUUAGAGACAGCUCGGCGCAUAAUCAGCUUCAAGAAGAUCUAAUUGAACACCAGUGGUUAUUAUAUUCCCAAAAUUAGUCGCGAUCGCGUUAUAUUCUAUUAUUUCCACCAAUGUUAUUUUAAACUAUGUUUGAGUUAAUCUGCUUUGCAUUUGUAAUUCCUUAAUAUUAGUAGUGAUUAUAUUAUUUGUAAUCAAGUUUGUUGUCGUAUUUCUUUGAGUAUAAUAGCCGGGAUUAUUCGAGGUAA